GUCGGUCAUGCUCAUCACGCUGUGCUACCUGUACCUGUGGGCGCGCUGGGGGCGCCGACCGGCCGCGCUCGUGCGCGCCACGGUGCAGCGGCUGCGCGCCUCGCGCUGCUCCUUCACCUUCUGCGGCGCGGCCGCGCGGCCCCGGGACGCCCGCGUGUGCCUGAGCCGCGGCGGCCGAGUCUUCUGCGUCGGCGAGAGCCAGUCCGUUGAUGACUUGAACAAAUGGGCCCUGUUUCUUGUGUCUCCUUUUAUACUUGAGGCAGAGCACAUAGCAUUUGUGACAGAGAGCAUUUGGGUGCAAGGUGAGAGUUUACAGAGACCGUCGUCCUCUUCAGAAACCAUUGUGAAGUGGUCGGACUGCUGCUUGCCGUUAGCUUACAGACCUGGGGACCCUUACCAGUUAAUCGCUGAAGCAAGCGUGGAUGACUUCAGUAAGCUGGGUGUGGCGUUCCUGGAAGACAGACUCCAGAUGGCUGAUGGAUUGGUACCUCAAAAGAUCGUUUCGGUGCACUUGCAGGACUGUACUCUGAAGGCCCUUGAGGAUCAGACCUCAGAUCAGCAAGCCCAGACCCUACAGCUGAAUCCCAAACCUUCCACUGAGAGUAAGCCUGAGUCAGACGUUAUGGCGUGCGUGGGUAGAGAGGACCCCAAGGUUCUUGGUGCAGAGCCCACUCUGGGGAAAGGGGGUGCCUCUGGCAGCGAGCCUGCUGGGGACCGUGACAGAGAAGUGGGCUCUGUCGAGCACUGUCCCCUCCAUCUGUCUAGCUGCCACGAGUGUCUCGAGCUUGAGAACAGCACCAUCGAAUCUGUCAAGUUUGCAUCUGCAGAGAACAUUCCAGAUCUGCCCUACGAUCACAGUGGCAGUUUGGAGGAUGUUGCUGGUGAUACCCGCCUGGAGAGAGAAGGGAGGAGAGUCAACGUCACGGGAAAGGCCCCCAACAUUCUCUUCUACGUGGGCUCUGCCCCCCAGGAAUCCCUGGGUAGGUUCCAGGAGAUCCGGUCUAUUCUGGUUGACUGUGUGGACGCUGACAACUAUACGCUCUACCACCUGUCACGGGAAAGUGCUCUCAGAGACCCGUGGUCAGACAACUGUCUGUUGUUGGUCGUUGCCACCCGCGAGGCUAUUCCCGAAGACCUUGCCCAGAAGUUCAUGGCCUACCUUUCCCAGGGAGGGAAGGUGUUAGGCCUGUGUUCGUCCUUCACGUUUGCUGGCUUCCAGGUGGUGAGGAAGAGUGUGCUCGAGGAAACAGUCCAGAACUUGGUUUUCUCCAAGGCUGACCAGACCCAGGUGAAGCUCAGUGUCCUGAGCAGUGGCUUCAUUUAUGAGGAAGGCCCUGGGGAGCGCCACAGCCUGGGCAAGCUCCAGGGUCACCUGGAGAAUGAAGACAAGGACAGGCUGAUAGUGCAGGUGCCUUUUGGAGAACAUGGAGGAGAAGCUGUCCUUUGCCAGGCGCACUUAGAACUGCCUCCCAGUUCUGCAGCGGUGCAAGCCCCGGAAGACUUUGAUCUGCUCAAAUCAAGCAAUAUCAGAAGAUAUGAAGUCCUUAGGGAGAUACUGACAACGCUCGGCCUAAACUGUGACAUAAAACAAGUUCCUGCCUUAACACCUCUUUACUUGCUGCCUGCGGCCGAGGAAAUCUGGGAUCCUCUUAGGCGGUGGCUGGGGAAGCACGCAGAUCCUGAAGGAGUCAUAAAAUCCAGCAAGCUCUCCCUUAAGUUUCUCUCAUCCUACACGUCUGAAAUGGAAAUCACGCCAUCUGCUCUACCCGUGGUGACUGACGUGCAGGCCUUCUCUUCGGAAAAUUUUAACCUAGACAUCUACCGACAGAAUCUGCAGACUAAGCGACUCGGAAAAGUGAUUCUGUUUGCCGAAGUGGCGCCAACCACGAUGAACCUUCUAGACGGGUUGAUGUUUGAGAUUCCGCAGGAAAUGGGGUUAAUAGCCAUCGCAGUCCGCCAAACGCAGGGCAAAGGGCGGGGAGCGAACGCUUGGCUGAGCCCCUUGGGGUGCGCCCUGUCUACCCUGCUCAUCUCCAUCCCGCUGAGAUCCCAGCUGGGACAGAGGAUCCCAUUCGUCCAGCAUCUGAUGUCCCUGGCCGUGGUGGAGGCAGUGAGGUCCAUCCCUGAGUACCAGGAUAUCAACCUACGAGUGAAAUGGCCCAACGAUAUUUAUUACAGUGACCUCAUGAAGCUUGGUGGAGUUCUGGUUAACUCGACGCUUUUGGGAGAAACAUUUUAUAUACUCAUUGGCUGCGGAUUUAACGUGAGUAACAGCAACCCCACCAUCUGCAUCAAUGAUCUCAUCACAGAAUACAAUAAGCAACACAGGGCAGAGUUGAAGCCCUUAAGAACCGAUGGUCUCAUCGCCAGAACCGUGACUGUGCUAGAGAAACUGAUCGACACCUUUCAGGACAAAGGGCCCAAUGGUGUCCUUCCCCUUUAUUAUAAGUAUUGGGUACACAGUGGCCAGCGGGUCCGCCUGGGAGGCCUGGAGGGGCCAGAGGUGUGGAUAGUCGGCCUGGAUGACUCCGGGUUCCUUCAGGUCGAGGAGAAUGACGGCAAGGUGGUGACCGUGCAUCCCGACGGCAACUCCUUCGACAUGCUGAGAAACCUCAUCCUCCCCAAACAGCAGUAGCGGGCCUGGGGGCCUGCAGGGGGCUGCCCCCGGGCAGUGAGAGGGCCUGCAGAGCCGCCCCAGUGAGUAUUCCAGGUCAUUCCCACCGCCCUUUCCUAGCCCGAGGAUCUGGAAAACGGUUUUAGAGUUGUGAGCGAGAGUGGCCUCCUUCCAAUUAACCCGCGUAAUUCCUUCAUGUUGAUCUGUCUGCUGCCCUUUCCCUUGGCGUUCGCAGACGUCCUAGGGCGGAGGGAUGGCAAGCGGAGACUUAUUUCAGGUGAGGCACGGCCGCACGUGUGAAAUCCUUUUCCCCUCUUGGGCUUGGAUGUGUGUUUAUUGACCAAAAAAAAAAAAAAAAAAAAAAAAAAAAGUUUUUAUUUGGAAAACAGCAACGGAAUAAUUCAGCUGUUUCCCCAGUAGCCAAGACCUGCACUCCAGACUAUUAAAAAACAAAUCAAAAAUAGCGUCCAGGCCCAGACCGGUGAUGGAGCAGAGGUUUGGUGACACCCUUUAUGAACAUUCAGGGAGGGGUUUUCCUAGAGAAACACACGUUGGCACUUGGUGGUGGUUUUAUUUUUCUUUGUUAAUGAGAAAAGAGUUGGUAGACUUCUGAGCAUUGACUCUGAGCCCGGGGGUUUGGCGGUCCAGCAACGGUGCCCGAGAUGGGUGUCCCCGGCGUGGUUGCAGUAACCUUGUAGAGGAAAUCAGUUAGUUACUUCGACAAGAAUCUAUGAGCUUCUUUUUCGUAAGUUUGAAUUACUGCAGAUUCUGAAGGGAUGGGAUCAAGUUCAAGAUCCACGAUUAGGCCUCCCGUGCUUGUGGGGUGGAUGAUUGGGCCCCAGCAGCUGGAGAGAAGACUCACUCAUCCCACACACCACGGAGGAUUUGGAGCUUUUAAGCCCAUUGUAGGCUCACUUUGAAAUCUGGAGCAUUCCGGAAAGACCAUUUGGUGUACAGAAUGUACAUGUACGUGGCAUUUUAUUUGUAAGUCAUAAUUUUUUUGCCCCCCCUUCCCUAAAUUGCCGAGAAACAAAAUGCAACUGAUACUGAGCACCAUCAUUUAAGAGGGAGGGGGUGUGUGUGUGUGUGUGUGUGUGUGAAGCUUUAAAAGAAGAUGUUCAAGAUGUUCAAGAUCGAUGCCCUAAAAGUCUCCGUGGAAGAACAAAAGAAAGGAAACCUUUUGAUAUGCAUUUGCGAUUUCCAGAUGCACUCCAUGCUUUUUCCAUGUCACUCCUGUCUCUGCUGAACUUGGGAAUCAGACACAUUACUUUUCAGCCUUAAAGGGCUGAUUUUUUGCCCACUUUUCUCUCUUCCUGCCAGUCCCAACUGAAAUUAGUGGAAGGAAAACUGGAUGGAGCUCUCAGCUUUGAACAGAAUCCCCUUAUUGUUCACGAGUACCGGCUUCCUCCAGUCGGGCUAAUUCCAGAAACUGUGGUUUUCAGUAUAAAAUGUGCCUACCUUAGGCAUAGGCAGCACCAUAGGAAGGGGGGAAAAACAGCAUGUUUGCUUAAGUACACCAACCCCAUAUGUGUUUUUUUGGAAAUGUAACUUUAAAAGAACGUCAGAAGUAAUUUUUGCAAAUAAGGCUUCCAUUAGAACUAUUUUUCUCAAAAAAAAAAAAAAAAACC